UCACCUUCAGAAAGCCUUCUGGCCCGGAAAGAUGCGCUUGGUUUUACUGCUGUGUUCCCUGGUGGUGGCGACGAUCGCCAAAAAUACUGAUGCCGUAGAUCUCGAGCGAAUCUCCCGCAUCAUCGGAGGAGAAAAGGUGACGGAAAUCUCCAAAUGGCCAUGGCUGGUCUCCAUCUCAGCGAAAGUCCCAAGUAUGAAACUUGGCGCACUUGUCCUGACUUACCGGACCGUCUAUUGCGGGGCGUCCGUUAUCAAUAGUCGAUGGAUACUUACAGCUGCACAUUGCGUCGACAACGCCAGGGAUGCUAGAUAUUGGACCGUCCGAAUGGCCACAGUGAAACUCUCGGCGAAUGUUGGAGAAAAAAUCAAGGAUUUCUUCGGGAUGGUGUUCAGCCGAGACGACUGGAGGCAGCCGGAGAUUGGCGUGCAGCAAAUAGUCAAACAUGAAAGCUAUGACUCUGCUAGACACUGGAUCAAUGAUAUAGCCCUAUUCAAGCUGAAGAAGGCCAUACCAGACUUUGGCAAGGUCGUGAAGGAGGUAUCCCUACCUGCCAGUAACUGGGAAUUCCCGGCCCCAGGACAGCAGUGCUUCAUGAUGGGAUGGGGGUGUACCGAGGGAGGUGGCUCAGUUGCAGACCACGCCAGACAAGUCGUGCUGCCGAUCGUGAACGACACGAGCUGCCGGUACAUGUGGAGCGUGGACACCAUUUCGAGGAUAUGCGCUGGGGGGCUACAUAAACAGAAGGGCAUUUGUCCGGGAGAUAGUGGCGGCCCUCUCGUGUGCAACAAUGGAGACCACUGGGUCCAAGUGGGUAUUGCCUCUUUCACAGGCCGUGACAACCCAGGGGACAUCUUUGGUGCCUUCACCCGGGUCUCACACUACACUGACUGGAUCCUCUGGAACAUCAUGCAAUUAUAAUUCAGGUGGUGGAGGAGGAGGGGUUUUAAGGCGGUUUUACUUUUUACUAUUACUGUUUUUGACUGUCGGACCUUAAAAUCUGCCGAUGACAGCUUCCCAGCGUUCAGAACACCAAGAAGAUUGUUGAGGGGGUUCAGAGAAUGGUAUUAAGAUCCAACACUUAUUCAACAGUAGAGUGCAGAAGAUGAGGGCAUUUUAUAUUCUGACCAGUGAAGUUUUCAACAGAAACACUUCAAAACCAGGAGACAGCUCGAUUUCAGACACAUGCUGUUGCUGUUGGCUUAAAUGAUUGAAUAAAGAUAAUAGUAAACCUAA